ACAAUGGAUUCCUUCCGGAAGCAGCUGGACGCCCUCAUGGGCGCCAAUCGCAACGGCGAUGUCCAGGAAGUGCAGCGCAAGUUCUCCGAUCGGGAUGUCUGUCGCCUCUACCUUGCUGGCCUCUGUCCUCACGAUCUCUUCCAGCUCACGAGAAUGGAUUUAGGCGUCUGCCCAAAGAUCCAUUCCUUGCAACUGCGAAAAGAGUAUAACGAGCAGACCAAGCAGUGUUAUAAUAGAGAGCUGGAAGAAUGCUUGGAGAAACACGUUUUGGAGUGUGACAGGAAGAUCCAGCGUGCUUUGAAGCGAAUAGAAGAGGAUGAUGUGAAUGCUGCUACUGCUAUUGCAGUGUCGGAGGUGACCAGGUCCUCGGAAGCACUCGAAUACACAAGACAGAUCAAAGAGAAGCUUAGAAUCGCCGAAAAUCUAGAGCUGGAGGGGAAAACCGAUGAUAAAAUCAGAGUGAUGGGAGAAGUGGAGGCGCUUAGAUCCACGAGAGCAGACAGACAAGCUCUAUCUCUUCUAGAAGCGUUCAACAAGGACAGAGCUUUACUUUUGCAAGGAAAUGCGCCUCCACUGGCUCCUCUUCCAUAUAUGCCUUUUCCUCCCGAUGCAAGGACCCAGGAUAUGAUCAAGGAGAAGCUGAACAAAGCAGAAGUGUUGGGUGAGCAAGGCUUGGUGGAUGAAGCGCAAAAGACCUUGGAAGAGGCAGAAGCGUUGAAAAAGCUUGUCUCGAGGUAUGAUAUGGCUCCGGACCCAAACAAGGUGCUUCAACAGGACGCACGAGCUACUGAUCAGAAGCUACGUGUUUGUGAUAUAUGUGGAGCAUAUCUUAGCAUCUACGACAGUGAUCGACGGCUCGCUGAUCAUUUCGGUGGAAAGCUUCACCUCGGAUACAUGCGCAUCCGCGAAAAGCUCGGCGAACUUCGGGAGGAAAAAGAAAAGGCGCGGAAACUUGCAGAAGAAAAGGCUCGAGAACGGGCUCUGGCAAGCAAGGAGCCCGACGAGAGAGAAAAUGAUCGCAGAGAACGCAGGGAGAGAUCUUACCGUGACAGAGAAAGAGAAAGAGAUAGAGAUAGAGGAUACAUGAGGGAGCGUGGUCGCAGGAGAUCAAGGUCUCCUUCUCGCGAGCGUAUAAGGGAGAGGUCGAGAGAUCUUUCACCCCGCGACGUCCGUAGAAGUCAUUGGUGACAAGCUUGCGUUUCUGAGAGAGUCGGAUCAUCACGAAGAUGGGAUGAGCAGUCAUCGUUUUUACUCUUUCCAAAUGUGCGUGGAGUGCCUCUCUCUUUCUUUGAUUUUAGCAGCAGCAUAUAGCUCUAUGGCUACUUAGCAUGCAUGGUUUGUGACGUGGUUUGCACCUUAUUCUAUUUCCCAGGACUCCUUGACGGUCUUUUGCAAACUCCCAGAGUGUUGCAUUCUCAUGUACUCGGUGGGACAAUCUGUAAGUUAUAAACUUAAAUUCUUUACGCUUCUCUAGAAA